AUAUAAAAGGAAUAAAGGAAAUUGAUGUAUUCCCUCCAACUCCGAUAACAGCCUUGCACCACCUCCCUUGUUACAGGGUCGCUCUCUCUCUCUACUCUGUCACUUUCCGGCGUCACCCUCGCCACCAAUUCACACAUUUACAAAGAUAUCUAACCUACCAUUUCCCCACACAACCAAAUUAUAUACACACACACAUCGUAUCCACUUCACAAAUCACCCCUUCAUAUCCAAUGGCAGAAAAAAUCUACCCUGCCGCCAAACCCGCCGCCGGCCCACCCCCCGCCACCACCACUGCAAACCCUACCUUUCCGGCCACCAAAGCACAACUCUACAACAACUCCCGUCCAGUUUACCGUCCACAACCCCGUCGCAGUCGCCGCAGCUGCUGCUGUUGUUUCUGUCUCUGGAUCACUUUCGCUAUAAUUGUUUUGAUAGUUAUCGCCGCCGUAGCCGGCGGAGUGAUGUACGUGCUCUACCGUCCUCACCGCCCUACGUUCUCCGUCUCCGCUCUCCACGUCACUCAAUUCAAUCUGACGUCAGCGAAUAAACUCAACUCGAGGUUUAAUUUCACUGUAACCGCUCGAAACCCUAACAAGAAGAUUGUGUUCUACUACGAUCCGGUUUCCGUUUCGUUCGAUUCUAACGGCGUUAAUGUCGGUGACGGAACGAUACCGGCGUUUGAAAUGAAGAAGAAGAAUACGACGUCGUUGAGGACGAUUGUGACGGCGAGUGGACAGAGUGUGGAUGAUAACAAUUUGAAAUCAGAUCUGAAGAAUAAGAAGAGUGUGCCGUUGAAGAUCCGGCUGGAUACGAAAGUGAAGGCGAAGAUCGGAAGCUUUAAGACGAAGAGGUUGCCGAUUAGGGUUACGUGUGAUGGAAUUAAGGCGGUGGCUCCUGCCGGAAAAACGCCGACGACGGCGACGACGUCCGGUGCGAAAUGUAAGGUGGAUCUGAGGAUUAAGAUCUGGAAAUGGACGGUUUGAUUUGAUUUGAGAUGUUUGGUUUUGAAUUGAAAAUUGAAGAAAAAAAAUGUGUGAUUUGAUUUUUGAAUUUUAAUUUUUAAGCAACUAUAUUUGUUCAAAAUUUACUGGUUUUUUUUUUAUGAUAUAAUAUGCAUGUUUAGGAACAGGAUGGGUUGUAUCUAUAGAAUAUAUCAUAAGUUUGAAUAUCUUUUGAUUAAGGUAUAAUUCGAAACUGAAUUUUUGUUAUGAA